GUCAAGUUCAAGAUUUUGCUUUGCUUGAUUGCUUGCUUCGGCAAAAGCAAAAAUAGGUUGCCGGCUUUAAUAUUCGUGAACCCUUCUCAAUCAAUUGUUUCUAUUAAUGUGAUUACACUCAUAUCUAAAAGAAAAUCAAGCAAGAUGACUGUGGAAACGCAGAGUAAGGCGAGACUCUCGCAACUUACAUCUGAUAAACAACUUACAUUUAUAAAAUUGGCUGUUUUAUCAAUGGCAGCGAUUUUAUCAUUUGCAACACGUCUAUUCUCUGUUCUGCGUUUUGAGAGUGUGAUACACGAGUUUGAUCCGUACUUCAACUACAGAACAACACGUUACCUCACGGAGGAAGGGUUCUAUAACUUCCACAACUGGUUUGAUGACAGAGCAUGGUAUCCCCUGGGACGUAUCAUUGGUGGUACUAUAUACCCUGGCCUCAUGGUCACCUCAGCCACACUUUACAACAUAAUGCAGUUCCUCAAUAUAACAAUAGACAUUAGGAAUGUGUGUGUGUUCCUUGCGCCAUUCUUCUCCUCUCUCACUACUAUUGUAACUUACUUACUUACUAAGGAAUUGAAGGAUGAAGGUGCAGGUCUGGUGGCAGCUGCAAUGAUAGCAAUAGUCCCUGGCUAUAUAAGUCGUUCAGUAGCGGGGAGUUACGACAAUGAAGGCAUUGCUAUAUUCUGUAUGCUGCUCACUUACUAUUUCUGGAUUAAAGCCGUCAACACUGGCACUAUCCUGUGGGGGACUUUGACAGCACUUGCUUACUUCUACAUGGUAUCGUCAUGGGGUGGUUACGUGUUCCUAAUCAACCUUAUCCCUCUCCACGUGCUGGCCCUGAUGAUGCUGGGACGGUUCUCAGCGCGUGUGUAUGUGGCGUAUAGCACGCUGUACUGUGUGGGCACCAUACUGUCCAUGCAGAUCUCGUUUGUUGGCUUCCAACCUGUACAGAGCUCUGAACAUAUGCUGGCUUUAGGCACAUUUGGUCUGUGCCAACUGUAUGCAUUCACGCAGUACCUGCGCUACCAUCUUUCUCCAGCAAACUUCGAGCUUCUAUUUAAAGCACUUCUGACUACAUUGCUGGCAACAUUAGGAACUGCUAUCGUCGUGCUUACCGUGACAGGUAAAAUUUCACCCUGGACGGGCAGAUUCUACUCUCUGUUGGACCCUUCAUAUGCCAAAAAUAACAUUCCUAUUAUUGCGUCGGUGUCUGAGCAUCAGCCGACUUCGUGGUCGUCGUUCUACUUCGACUUGCAAGUACUGGUGUUCCUGUUCCCGGCCGGGCUCUACUUCUGCUUUGCCAAGCUCACUGACGCAAAUAUCUUCAUCAUCCUCUAUGGCGUACUGAGCAUUUACUUCGCUGGUGUGAUGGUACGUCUGAUGUUGGUGCUCGCGCCUGUUAUGUGCAUUGUCUCUGGUGUAGCUGCCUCGAGCUUACUAAGCCUCCAUGUGAAGGAUAUUGAGCCUAAAGUUGAGAAACAUGAUAAGAAGAAGAAACACGAAAAUAAUCUGGUGUUCAGAUCUGAGGUGGGCGCGCUGUUCGUGUGCGUGCUGGGCUGCCUGCUGGUGUCGUACGUGUUCCACUGCACGUGGGUGACGUCAGAAGCGUACUCGUCGCCGUCCAUCGUGCUGUCGGCGCGCGCGCACGACGGCGCACGGAUCAUUUUCGAUGACUUCCGUGAGGCCUACACGUGGCUCAAGAUGAACACCCCUGAUAAUUCAAAAGUGAUGUCAUGGUGGGACUACGGGUACCAGAUAACAGCGAUGGCGAAUCGGACGGUGCUGGUGGACAACAACACGUGGAACAAUACACACAUCUCGCGCGUGGGCCAGGCCAUGGCGUCCAGUGAGGAGCGCGCCUACGAGAUCAUGCGCGAACUCGACGUGGACUACGUGCUCGUCAUAUUCGGCGGACUCGUCGGAUACUCCUCCGAUGACAUCAACAAGUUCCUGUGGAUGGUGCGCAUCGGCGGCAGCACGGACCGCGGCGCGCACAUCAAGGAGGCGGACUACUACACCGGCUCGGGCGAGUUCCGCGUCGACGCGCACGGCUCGCCCACGCUGCUCAACUGCCUCAUGUACAAGAUGAGCUACUACAAGUUCGGCCUCGUCUACACUGAGGGAGGUCGACCUCCCGGCUACGACCGCGUGCGUGGCGCGGAGAUCGGCAACAAAGACUUCAACCUGGACGUCCUAGAGGAGGCGUACACCACUGAACAUUGGCUGGUCCGCAUCUACAAGGUCAAGCCUCUGCCCAACCGGGGGCUUUGAGUAGACCUCCCACCAGCAGAGGGUGGCAGUUCAAAAACACUUGAACUUGUGAUGUUUGAUAUAAACAAAAAGAGGAACAGAUUCAGUGAUUAUAAAAAAUGGUGAUUUACUUAUUAAACUGUUGAUUGGCAAGUGUUAUUGUGUGUUAACAGUGAUAAUUCAUUUGAAAUGAAAAUGUUUUAAUAGUGAGCGAACAGUCAUUCAGUUCACCUGUAGGAAAAACAUGUGAUCACAUGACAUGUAUCGAUAAGAGAAAAAGACUUUGUCGACCAAUGAAUUUUUGAAUGAAUGAUUACAGUACUAAGUAGUUGAUUGCCUGUGGUCUCCACACUAGGUGACCACAAGUGUAGACCAGAUAGGAUUUCCUUGAAUAAAUAAAGAGAGUAAUAUUUCCGAUUACAUCGCUAUUGGUCGACAUUUGUCUUAUAUUGUCUCAAGAUAUGUCAUGGUAAAUUAGGCCUACUGAUAUUAAGUGACAAUAGAAUAGAAACUCUGUCAAUAUGUUACGAGCAUACAAAGUGCAUGUAUAGAAAUAUUCUAUUAAAACAUCUAGCUGUAUAAUUCAACAAGGUUAAUUGGAAAUUAUGUAUUAUAAGUAGAAUAUCAAUAAAUUACAAAUAAAUUGUUAACACUGCCACAUUUUUUUAUACAUUUAUCACUACUGUUGAAUGUAUAUUCUGUGCUGACUCUACAUCUGUAUUGAGUACUAUAAUUAAUUAGCUGAUUGCAAAAAUAUCACUUGAUUUUAUACAUUUAUUUAAUUGAUAACUAAAACAUGUACAUUCUCGAUAAACAAAUCAGUUUCAGAUGUAGAAAAAUUUAGAAACAUCUUAACGUGAUUUAUGUAUAAAAAAGGCGACCCGGGUUUACCAUAGCAAUACUUUGUAAAUACAACUAAUUACUGAAUAAUGUAGCAAUGAAUAUCUUAGCGUUCUAUAGAUUCAUAGAGUGGGUACCGGGUCUAUAUUGUGGCUGAGAAAACUCAGCAGAGCCUGGGAUUUGUGAUCAGGUAAUGUGGUAGGGUUAAUGAGUUCCUUUAAGACAUGGCUUAAACACUCACCUUCUCUGCUUGUGUUUACAGAUUUCUGAUAUAGAUACCUCUAGCUAAUCUCUCUACAAACGCCCCUUUUUCACUACUUUGGGGGUUGAAUUUUAAAAAUUCUUGAAUAAUUCUUAUUUUUUUAUGAUUUAUGAACAAGUUUUUAAAACUGUAACUAAAAAUGAAGGACUUUCCAUACAAACUUUCAAUCCCAAUUUUAUCUCCUUGGUGGUAGAAUUAAUCGAAAUCCUUUCUUAGCGGAUCAUCUACCUGCAUGCCGAAUUUCAGCCUGAUCCAUUCAGUGGUUUGGGCUAUGCGUCGAUAGAUCACUUUGUCAGUCAGUCAGUCACCUUUGAGUAAUAUAUAUUUAGAUGACAUUCGGUAUCAAUAUUUGAUAGGUCAUGCGAUCAACCUCAAGGCGUUAGCGAUUGUAGAAAAAGAAUUAAUGUGUGACAUGGCUGAAUUAUGGGAAAUAUAAUACUUGUACUUCUAAUUUAGCCUACUAUGAUCUUAGAUUACAUUAACUAUUACACUUUAACAUUACAUGAGGUAGACAUCAAGGAUUUGUUAUUAAGUUAAAUAAUCUAUUAAAACAUAAAAGAAGUUGGUUCCUAGUGGAAAUGCUUCGCACAAAGCUAAAUUUUGUAAUAAAAAUACUGUGACAUUAAAUAAUAAUUGUUUUCUUUUUUUGUUUGUAUCAAAUAAUCAAGAAUGGUUAUUUGUCUAUAUUGAAAUGAAUGUAAAUGAAAGACAAUAGGAUGUUGUGUUGUAUAAAUUCAUUUUUUUAUUUUAAUUAAAAUUAUUAUUAACA